CAAUUUUUGCUAGAUCACGGAUUAAAGAUAUAUAUUAUGUAUUCAUACCUUCUAAAACUGUGUGGAGUACUAAAACUUACUGGGAUUCUUUCUUCCUCCUUGUAUAUAUAGUAUGUCAAGAUUCAUAAAUAUACCAACAAUAGCAAAUCUUCAAGUAUUCCUGGACCUGCUUUUCGGAUUCGGCAACAGGAAAAUUUUGGGCCAAUGCUUCCAGUGAUAGGAGUGACAAUUUGCUGCCCUUGGGCGAACUGGAGACGUCGAGCAUGAAAGCCUUGUGCAUCACGACUUCUGAGCAAAAAUCGUCCGGGAAGCUGUUCUGGAUUUUGCCCUUGACCUCCUCCGAGACGCCCUCGUCCUCGUCAUUUGACUUCGAUCAUCAUCUUUCGAAUCUUCCUGCGAGUCCAGAAGGUCAUUCAAAUCCAGUUACUCAAGAGACGGACUCUUAUCGUCCUCGGAACUGGAAAUCUCCUCGGAAAAAAGACGGGAGCUGGAAGUCGGAUCCCCAGUCCCGCCUCCAAUGAACAGCUUCUCGACACCGAUUAUUUCCGCAUCCGGAUCCGCUAUAAACAAUCUCCAAGAAUCCACCGAAUUGUAC